ACCUGCAGACUAUCGAUCCAUGCUGCGCGCACUGUGUUAAGAUGGCGGCGCCCAGUAGUCAAACACAUGACGACGGAGGAGCAGGUUUAAUUAAAAAUGAAUCAGAUCCUGGAGAUUUACGUUUAUUAAAUGUGAUGGAAGCAUUAGUUGGGGAAAAUAAGAAGCGGUUUAAUUCAGAGAUGAGGCAAUAUGGCCUUCCCCUUCCACCUAAAUCGCCUGAGGAACAAACGAUUGAACGGGUAAUGGAAAGCUGCACAUUCAAGACAGUCAUCAGCGGUGUUCUCGGUUUUGCAUUGGGUGGUGCUAUUGGUCUGUUCACAUCCAGCGUUAAUCCAGUCGAUCCUGAGAUAGCAGCCAAGCAAAAGGCCAGAGAUGUUCUCAAGGAUAUGGGCAGGCAGUGCUUCUUCCACGCCAAAAACUUUGCCAUGAUUGGAGCCAUGUUUGCCUGCACUGAAUGCCUGGUAGAAUCGUACAGAGGAAAGCAUGAUGCUAAGAACAGUCCUAUAGCUGGUUGUAUAACAGGAGGUCUCAUUGGUUACAGAGCGGGACUGAAACCGGGCAUUGUUGGAUGUGUAGGAUUUGCCGCAUUCUCUGCUGCGAUCGAUCACUACUUCAACUUCCACUGACACAAGGCAAACAAAGCAAAGUGGGCACCCGAUGUCCCUGAGAACAUUCCUUCAGAAUGGACAAUGUGAUGAUCAGGUCCGAAAUGAUACUUAGUGGUUGGCUAAUUCAUUUUGCCAUCUCUGUGAUCACUUCCUUUGACAGUGGACGUUGUGAUGGUCAGUUGCAGAAUCAUCGCUUGCUUGACUGCAUUGACUCUUGCUUUAUCAUUGAUGUCCAAAUGGCCACCCUUUUAGAAUGGAUGAUUUGCUGGUCAGCUGAGUAUGGUCUUCAUGUUGAUCAUGAUUCUCUUUCUUAGUCUUAAGACAUUAUGGAUUCACGAGGGAUGAACCUCUAUUAACACCGGUCAUCAUAAAACUUUGAAAAUUGAUAUAAACAGUAAUAUCCCUCUUUUUGAUUAAUAUUGUACCUAUUAAAUGUAUCGGUAAUUCUUCUAAACACAUUACAAAUAUAAUGCCAAUGUGGGGCGAAGUAACACAAAAGUUUGACAUUGAUUGCAAAUAUGAAAUUUGAAUCUGUUGCAACUCUUUGUAUGAAAAUUUCUUUGUUAUUACAAACAAAACUUCUAUAUGUAAGAAUCUUUAGCAAUGAAGGAAGUUGAUCAUCCCUGAAGAAGAAGAAAUGCUGGUACUCAAAGCCUAUUAAACCAAUUGUAACAUUGAUCACAGCUCUUGAAAUGUGUGCAAUUAACCCUUGCAAGACUGCGCCAUUUUAAUGCCUAAGUUUUUUUAGGGGGCUGAUUCCCUGAUAUCUCAGCCAUUUAUCACUUUAAAUCAACCUUCUGAACCCCCUGUGAGAUUUAUUGUAUCUUUUUCAAAAUCAAAUUUUAAUUUUUGUGUGAUUGUAGCAUGCAUAUUUUGCUUGAAAGUCCGAUAUCUUCUUGCUGUUUUUUUAUUAUAGUUUCUUCUGAAUAAAUAAUUGUCUAGCAAAGUAGACAGGUCUGGGUCAGCAACUCUCCCCCUAGUCCCCUAUCAUAUCAGGGUUAAGAAAUUUAAGGUAAAUUGUGCCUAAAGUAAAGGUUGAAGCAGGGAAUUCUUUCACUAACGAUAUCCUGGAUUGACAUUACAACUGACUCUUCUUUUUGACCAGGGAGGGGAUAUAGUAAAAGUCAUAUUUUAUAAGAUUUUCUUCUUUUUUUAAAGUCAAAGGCAGUUUUGUGUUUUUAUCAUGUAAUUCCCGACAGUUUACUGAUGAAAGUCUCUUCAAUAAUUUGGUAAAUGUUGCAUAUCAUACCAACUGCUUAAAUAUUUGCAGAGGAAUUUCGACUGUAAAAUGUAAAUAAAAUAUUAAAUAUUCUUUGCUCACA